AGCCCGAUGAGAAGGCCGAGGAGGAGGAGGCUGCCAGCCGAGGCGGGUAGCCGAUUCCCGGAGAGGAUUUUCUGUUCUCGUCGUCCGCAUUAGCGAGUACGCGACGGCGGCGAGCGACAACAAAGAUAACGCAUCAUAAAACAUGAUGCCGGCGCCCCCGGAGGAGCUUCCGUCGGGCCUGUGAGUGUCGGCAGGCUUCCCACCGCCGCCUCUUCGGGGGAUUCUGCUGUCUGUCCGGACCCGACACACCGCCAGGCGAUGACAGCCGCCACAGCCACUCCGCAGGUGAUGAGAGACCGGCUGCUGCAGGCCAUCGACGGCCAGAGCAAUCAGAUAUGCAACAUGGUGGUAGUUGUGGAGGUGAUCUCUUUUUUGGAGAAAUAUCCCAUCACCAAAGAGGCGCUGGAGGAAACUCGUCUGGGCAAGCUCAUCAACGAUGUCCGAAAGAAAACCAAGAACGAGGACCUUGCAAAAAGGGCCAAGAAACUCCUGCGAAACUGGCAGAAGCUAAUUGAUCCAGGGACAGGUGAAGUGUUGUCCAAAGGACACGCCGGUGCAUCAUGGUCUUCCAAUGGUGGUGCUCAUCCCUGCAUCUCCACUCCAGUUGCCACCCCACCAUCAGGUAAAACAGGUCCAGAGUUGAAGAACAGAAAUGACUUCAACAACUGCUCUCCAAGAGUGGAAAAAGUGAGCAUCAGGAAACGUAAGGGUGACCCAAAGGAAGGACUGCUCUUACCAGCCAAGAUAUCCAAAACAACUCUUAAUGAUAAAAUACAAAACUCGAAACAGCUGCCAACCAAUGGAAUUGGUGGUAGCUCUGAAAUUUUUACAGACACUCGUGCACAUCAGCCUUUAGACAGGGACAUUUCUGAGCCUUUAGACAAUGACAGACAAAACAAAAUCCCUGUCAAUGCUGUAAAACCUCAUCCAAGUGCCCCGGGAUACAGCAAGCCUCCGAGCACUUCUUCUUUGCUGAAAGCAUCAGUUCUGCAGCAGCAAGCCCGACAGGAGCAAGCUGCCUCCUGGGGGCAGCAUCGACCGAGAAGCCCACGUUGUUCUUUGCAGAGUCCUCAGGCUCCAAAGCAGGAAUCUGUUGUCAAACAAACUACACCCCAAGCACAGAGUAUUUCUAGCCCCAGUGUGAGACUUGGGACUGCGGACACCCCUGGACUGGGGCCUUCUCCUCAGCCUUUCAGUCUUUGUGUUCAGGGUUUUCACACUGAUGGUACAUGGUCUGCAGAUUUGGACUCUCAAAGCAGGCCUCCUAAUACGUCUCUUCACAACCCAGUUGCCUCCUCCUGCAGUGACGCAGUCAAUUUGGAAGAUGAGGGUCCUGCUAGCAAUACAGGGAAAAGGAAAAGACAAAAAUACAGGUCUAAGGAUCACGUGGUAAAGUUAGAAGGUCAGACUGUAGAAGACAGCACUAAACCCGUCAGAUUAAAAGACAGGAGACUGACGUUUGAUCCUGUAACGGGACAGAUCAAAACCUCCUUUCAUAAGGACUCUGGGCAGGAGGGGGAUGUCAGACCGAGCCACAGAACUGAACUUCAGUGGUCAGAACCGCUGAAACAGAGUCCUCCGGUUCCUGCCAGUCCCUUCCAGCAGACAGACUGGAAAGAGCUGUCAAGGAGUGAAAUCAUUCAGUCGUACCUCAGCCAGCAAAGUAAUGUGCUGACGUCAUCGGGUGCCCACACCCCUGGUGCACACUUUUUCAUGACAGAGUUCUUGAAAAAGGAGGAACACAGGAGUAAAGAUGCCAAGAAAACACAUGCGUUGGCUUCAGACGUCCCUCCCAGAGAAUUACCGGGAGUGAGCAGAGAAGUCAACGACGACGACCUGGGCAGGUUACACACACAGCACUGGCCCGGGGUUAACGGUUGCUUCGACACAAAGGGUAAUUGGUACGAUUGGACUGAGUGUAUCUCCUUAGACCCACACGGAGAUGAGAGCAGAUUGAACAUUCUGCCCUACGUCUGUCUGGAUUGAAACUGAAGUCAGGGUUCUGAAUUGGAAGUUGUGACUUUCCUUCACUGUGCAGCAGAGCAUCUCUGGAUGUGUGAAGACACUCUUUCAACGUGUACGCUGCUGUUUUGCACUGUUGGUGAAAAUGGAAUAAACAUGCUGCCUGCUUUAGUGUUUGUUGGACCACAGGGGGUGUAAUCAACGUUUUUUAUAAGUUUGUGAACAUUGUGUUGGGACUGCGUGAAGGGAAAAGGCUAUGCAUUUUCUGGCCAUUUAGUUGUUAGUGUUUAAUAACUGUACAGAUCGAGUUUACAAGGCAGAGCAGCUGCGACACCUGGCCUGUUUUAUAUUGGAGAGAACAUUAACUACACCGAUAUAUUUUAUUCACCUUAAGUUAAUCUUGCGCUAUCUUCAUGCCUCAUGGAAUGUGACUUUACUGAGCUUCCUGCAUCCACUCACGUUUAGUCCACAGUGCAGUAUUUUUUAUUUUAAAAAAAACUGUGACCUAAUCAGCCUUUUGCUUUUUCAGCAGACAAAAGUAAGCGAUGUAAUUGGAGCAGACAUCCAACAGAUACGUCUCCUGAUGUGGCUUUUGUUAACAUUUGCUGUUGCACCUUGAACAAGGCAUUUUAGCUGUGAAAGCCGAAAUAAGUACUAUCUUCACGUAGCUAUCCUCAUUACCAGUGGUAUUAACAGUCAGCUGUUAGUCCUGUGAAAAACAUUUAUCAUUGCCUCUUUUAGAACUGCUGUUCCCUCGUUGCAUGCCUGCCUCACAGUGACUUUUAGCAGAAAGUAAAACUGACAAAUCAGUUUUCAAACAUUUGAAUAUGUGUCUUGUUUGCUGUUAAAGUGACAUGAAACUGCCAGAUGUGGCAGCAGUUUGAGGUGAGAGGGGGGAAAAAAAGCUUGUAUUGCACCAGAGCCAUACAAGCUGAUAGAAAAAUGUGACUGUCAUGUGUGAUAUUUAUUUACAUAUUCAUUUUUAAGAUUUACACAGUCCAGGCUGCAUUAAAUCGUCUUUUGUUCGAUUACUUUCUACAGAAUUGGGUCAGGGAUGCAGCUGUGAUAUUCCACACUGUAUGUUACACAAAAGAAAAAAAAAACAACUCACUCAUGCUACAUAUGUACUAUUUUUAUUUUAAACUUGCCUUUUCCCUUUACUGUGUAUUUAGGUUGUAAAAUAUGAAUCCGAACGGCAGAGCAGACUGCUACUAGCUUGCAUCUUUGUACUGUCAGGAAGAACUGAAAAAUAAAUUGACAUGCUGGAUAAAGUACUUAAUAGCAUUCCUUUAGAUAUUGUUUGCCUUAUGGAAACCUGUGUUUUCCCUAAAGACAGAGCCUUAGUGAAUGUACAGAUAUUAGCCUUUUGCGUUCAUUUGAAUGCAGGAGAGAACAUUUGCUACCUAGUCCUUUAAGUGGACAUGUUAAUAUGUGUUAAUAAAAAACUGAAGGAAUUGUGA